CCUGUGCUUAAAGUCUUUUUGAAUACAAAAAUGGCUGCUGUUCAACCAAAUUUAUCGAAAAUGAUUUCAGCACAGCUACGCAAUAAAGCAAAUGAGUUUCUAAACUCACGAAAACAUGCUAAUAAUCUCGCUGAUAUCCUACAAAUGUUUGAGGCUGAAACCGAGAAUUAUACACCGCUGCUGCUUACCAUAGAAGUCAUAUUCACGGAGUUAUUAAAAAGGGGCGAUUUAAUCCAACACAUCGUCCCGUUGAAACCAAUAGACCACAGCCCAGAAGCAGAAUACACAAGAUGGUUGUGCGAAUGUUACGAAGCAGCCAUUGUUCGUGCACUAGAAUGUAUGAGGCGUGGCAAGACAAGCUCACGCCUCCAAGCUCUCGUGACAGCUUGCAAACUCCUGCAGGCUGAAGGGAAGCAUCCUUUAGAACAUACUACUGGGUACUUCUUCCCUUCUGUUAGACUUAAGAAUAUUUUCUUGGUGCUACUUGACUCUGAAACUUCAAUGUCUGCACCAAUAACACGUUUUCAAGAAUUCACAGAAUAUAGAGACAUGCAACAGCAUGGUCUGAAAGUACUCGCUGCACUCGCAUUUCGGAAAUCUCCAUCACCUAUUUACAUGCAAAACUUUUUGGAACUUUUAGACAAACUUUUAGCAGCAAAGAUCCCAUUGGAUAAUAAAGGGAAGGGCAAAGAUAGAGACAAUGAGGAGAAUGAGAUGAAAGUGCUGUGUGCUUCUGAAGGCAAGCCUAACUUCCCAUACAAUCCCGCUGUAUGUCGUCGAUUUGCCAAUCGUUGCUGGAGCUUCGCAUGUCAGUGGCCGCUGUGCGAGGAGCCCCGCACCCAUCGCCGCGCCCUCUUGCUGCUUGUGGAACGUUUGAUGCCACUUCUAAACAGACCUCAUCUAGCCACAGAUAUGCUGUGCGACAGUCUCGAUGCGGGUGGACCAAUCAGCAUGCUCGCACUACAAGGCGUACUAGAGCUUGUGAGACACCACAACAUUGACUACCCUGACAUGUAUGAUCGUCUCUAUGCCAUGUUUGAGCCAGAAAUGUUUGCCACUCGGUACAAGAAGCGGCUCAUGCACCUUACAGACAUCUUCCUCAGUUCCACACAUUUACCUGAAAGCCUGGUGGCAGCUUUUGCUAAACGUAUGUCUAGAUUGGCUUUGGUGGGUUCCCCGGAGGACUCCAAAGGCUUAUUACAAUUGGUAGCCAAUCUGUUGUUGCGACACCCUGCACUCAAGCGCAUGAUCUGCUGUGAAGACACCCCAGCUAUCAUGUCCAACGACCCGUACGUGAUGGAGGAGUCGAGCGCGGCGCGGGCGCGCGCGCUGGGCUCGUCGCUGUGGGAGGUGCGCGCGCUGCGCGGCCACUGGGAGCCCGCCGUCGCCGCCGCCGCCGCGCGCGUGCUGGCCGCCGCCGAGCGCGACCCGCCGCUCAGCCUGGCGCUCGAGGAGGACUCGGCGUUAUUUGAUGCUGAAUUGAAGAAGAGGUUCAAGACGAUCGAAGUAAACUUCAUCAGACCACAAACAAUGGCGCUGCCCUCUGGUGAGCGACUUUUACAGUACUGGGAACUCACUGCUUGAGAUCCACUCUAAAAAACAAUUAAAUACCAAAUACAUCCUAAGGUCUAAUAAUGAUACGGAGUUUUGUUCUCCAUUCAAAUUUAGAUUGUUUUUUAUUUUAUUUCAGCACUUAUAUUAUAAUUUUCAUUGAAAAGUAUUAUUAAGCUGAGACAAUAUAAAAAACAGAAAUAUCAGAAUUGUUUACCUAUUUAAACAGAAACUUAGGAUUUAAAUUAUGAACAUUCUAGAAUGUUCUUAAAAGACAUCAAAAUUAAAUGUUCGACAUGGAUUGAUCAUUUAAUUUUGAAGUUGGUAUCAUGGAAGAAAUGACCAAAAAAACAUUCUGUCAGAUAAUAUAGGAAUUGAGGUAUUUUAACACUGAAAAUAAUAAAUAGUUUGAAUAAUAAAUGUAAAUAAAAUGACCUUGCUGCCAGUCAGUUUCAUCACGGUUCUUGUCAGAGUACAUAUGUUUUGGUGUUGUGCUUCCCAUAUCUAUCUUUUUUUUACAAAAUACUUUACAAGGCAACUCUGUGUAGUGCACAGAAUUAAAUUUGAUAAAUAAUUUUAUACCAAAACAAUGUUGCUAUAAGAUCGAAGUUGUCUUCUUAUCUAUCCGAUUUGAUUUUUAUAUUUAAAAUAUAAAUUAUUCACGUUUAUUAAUUAGAAAGAAAAUUGAGGACCUAAGGGUCGAAAACAAUCCCAGUAAUAUUAGCUUAUAAUUUAUAUCUGACAUUAUUAAUUAGAUAUAAGUAUUGACAUACAUUUUGCACUUAAUGUUAAAGUAUAUUUAAUUAGGGAGUUGUCAUUUUCUUUAACUAUGCAAAUGUGUGUAUGUAAUGACUGCAAGCGUUUGCGCAACACUGGUCAAGUCCCGAAUAAAAAGAUAAAUCGAAAUACCAAUCCAAUAGUGAGCUUUGUUGUUAUUUAGUUGGAAUUUGUAUACUCUAUAAAUUGGUCAAUGUCGGACCAUUUGUGAUGUUUAUUUAUUUUUUAUAUUAAGUUAAUUUAAGUUUUGUAAAACUAUACUAAUGUCUGUUGUAAGCGACAUUAAAUUUAUAAUUCCUUUAAAAAAAUCUUUUCCUAUGAUUUUUUUAAAUUGUUAUUACUUUAUCAUUUUAUAAAAAAAAUUAAAUAUCGAUAAUAAAUUAAAAUCAAACAUCGUUUGCUUAUUGUUGCGCUGAACGCUCGUAAGUUGGAAAACCGUAAUUGUUGAAAUGCAUUUAGACGCUCAUAAAUGAUCAUGUCUGAGACAGUCAUAUCAAAACCAUCAAAGAAGUUGAUGAAUGGUAACUAUUUAUUUUUUUAUACAUUUGGAAGCAAACAUUCUGCUGCUUAUACAAAGUUCCUUAAACAUCUGACGUCUAAAUGCAUUAUCACUUGUGUUGUAGAUGUCUUAACAUCAUUGAAUGGAACAAUUAAUAUGAUUAGUCUUCCUUUUUCUUCUUUUAUUAACCCUUUACUUCAUUCCAAUUUUAUAAUCGUCCCUAACCACCUAGUUAAAGCGCUAUUUAAUACGAAAUUUCUAUUGAGAAAUUUACUAAAUACCUAUAUAAUUAAUUAAAACUGGGUUUUCUGUCGACGGCCAUAUUUAUUAUUAUUGUUGUUAUUUUUUGUCGGAGCCUCGCAGUCUGGGUGCGGUGCAACUCCAUAUGCAAUAACACACCGUACAAAUAAUAUUAUGUGAAAUAACUGAUUAUUUAUUAAGUUUUAUAAAUUCUAUAUCUUGGACCGCAGCGUUUGUAUCACAUGAGGAUGUUUUUGGCGGUUGAACCUUUUCUGUUAAAAUCCAUACGUUUUAUUAUAUAUGGUAGUCAAUAUGUUGCAAUUUCUUCAAGUGCAAGGCAGUCAUUUUUUAAACGAAGUUUAGUAGUUACCGUUCCCUGGCACUGGGCCCCAAACACUGGUAUCGGCGAAGUAAACCAUAUACCUUUAGGAAGGUCAAUUACUUAAGUCCCUGUUAAAAACAAAGCUAUAUAUGUAUCUUUUGUCUUCACAAAUAUCCUAAUGUGAUACAAAUUAAAAAUCAAAGUCCGAAUCUCAGAAGUAGCGUUCUAGUGUGAUGUAACCGCGCCCGCCGUAUGAUGUGAUUAUUUGAAACAAAAAAAUAGUUUUAAGAUAGGUUAAGAUAUUAUUUUAUUAUUCAUUAA